UUUCAAUGGGGAAAAGGAAAGACAUGAUUCACCCCAGGUUUCUCGGUGAAGGCAGCUCGAGCCUGCACAGCGUUCACAAGCGGAAACACAAGAAACACAAGAAGCACAAGAAGAAGCACCACAGCUUCACUGAGGCCCCGGAGCCCGAGCCUGUAGUGGUUCCUCGGCCUCCCCAGCAGCUCAGACUCAAGAUCAAACUGGGAGGACAGACGCUGGGGACCAAGAGUGUUCCCACCUUCACGGUGCAUCCCGGUGUGGCCCGUCCUCCCUCUCCACUGAUGAUCAUCCAUAACGAUGUUGAUGAGGAUGAUGAUGAUGAUGAGGACGAUGAUGACGACGACGACGAGGAGCCUUCUGUGCCUCUGGAGCAAUAUCGAGCCUGGCUGGAUGAAGACAGCAACCUGGCCACGUCCCCUUUACCAGACAUGGACUCAGACUCCAUGUUGGGUGGGCCUGUGGACGAGGAGGAGAGGUGGCUGGACGCUCUGGAGAAAGGAGAGCUUGACGACAAUGGAGAGCUAAAGAAAGAAAUCGACGAGUCUCUGCUCACGGCCAGACAGAAAGCCCUGCUACACAAGCAGCAGAGCCAGCCUCUCCUGGAGCUCCCCAUGGGCUACAAGGAGAAGGAGAUGACUGCAGAGAUGAUGCAGAAACGUGAGGAACGAGCCCGAAAGAGACGCCUGCAGGCCGCCAAGAAAGCAGAGGAGAACAAGAACCAGACGAUAGAGCGACUGACGAAAACCAGCAAGGCCAAGAUCAAAAGCAUGAGGGAGAGGAAGUCCAAGCAGAGCCAGUGCCCCAUGGUCCGGUACAGCGACUCCGUCCAGGGCAUGGCCAUCUCCUUCCCCACAGGGGUCCCCGCUCCAACCCCAGCACCUCCCUGCCCUCCACCUCCGGCCCCCAUGAGCUGCGGGGUCAGCGGCUGCACCAACCUGAAGAAAUACUCCUGCUCAAAGACCGGGGUUCCUCUCUGCAGCCUCGAGUGUUAUAAGAGAAACCUGCUGCUCGUUCAGAGCACAGCCUGAACUUCACAGGGACUGGUAUCGGUUGGUUGUAGCUGUAAAUACUACACAGGGAUGCAAUGAGGUGCCCUCAGUCUGCGCUCAUAAAUUGUGAUGAAAUUCACGGAUACUCUCGGCUGAACUUUACACUUCAAAUAUAAAUCUUUUCAGGACUCAGAGUCCAUGUGCAAUGUGGAUUUACUUUUUAUCUACUCUCCUUUUUCUGUUUGUAGAUGUGUUAUAUAAAUAAUAAUAAUAAUGGCUUUCCCUGCAGUGAUGCUGAUCACACAAUUCAAUUAUGACAUCAAAAUCUGUGUGUAAUCACAUUAUCCAAUAUUUAUGAUUUCCAUUUUUGGAGUCUCUAUUUGUUGAAGACUAGAUAAAACCCAUAUUUUUGUACACGUUUUGAAACAGAGUGGUGUUGUUUCCACUGGCUUAGACUUUUCAUUUUGUUAAUAAUGUGAAAGUUAUGCUUAGACUGACGGGAAUUGUCUAUGACAGACAGAUUAGUUUGAGAGAAUCCGAGAAAAUUUGCUUUUUUUAAUCUCAAACAAAUGUUCAUUUUGGUAACAAACGAGUCGAUUUCCAUACAAAACUAUACAAACGUACUUAAAUUAAUAAAAGAAAUUCCUUCCCAA